GGUGCAGAGGUUCACCACUGCCGAAAGGCUGCAGAAGGACCCGAGUAACGCACACAGCUCCUCUCUUGAGAUGUCACGUUUUUCGCGUUGGCACCGGAGCAGACGACACCAAAAAUGCAGCAGCAGCCGAUCCCUGCGUUGUCCACUGGCCGCAGGCGAGACUGCAGAAACACAGCUGCCAGUGGCAGCUACACUCGCGAUGGCGCGUGGCAACUGCUGAACCUCCCCUCUAAAUAUGGCGCCGUGGGAGCCGAGGUGGCGGACAAUGAGCCGACUGAGCCAUCAGCGCCGGUGGACCUGUGGCACGUGGCGCCCGAGCGGCGGGAAGAGGCAACGCGCGCGCGGUUCGCCGGUGGGGAAAUCGAUGGCUGAGAUCUCAGUGGUGUUUGGAGGGGAAAGACGCGGAGCGGGGACCGAAGCUGGGUUCAGGAGCGGGUCGCCGAAGUGGAGCCCGGAGGAGUUGGAUAUCCGCCCACUGACUUCUGGUUGGUUUUUUGUGGACUCCAACUACUAAAUGAACCAUCAGCCCAAAGCACAGCCGGCCCUCGACAAAUGUGAACAAACUCUGGGGCCAUCCGGGUGAGUAAACAGAGCGCGUUGUUGUACUUUGGAGCGGUGGAUCAAUCCCACCGGCGCUCACUUCACGCUGUGGUUCCACAUUCGAAAUCGUUUGGACAAGAUGGCCAGACUUUGUCAACUGGCUUUUACAGCUGGCCUGCUGCUGGAGCUGUACGGACUGGCCGCUGAAGUCAGAGAGCAACACCCAGGAACUGUGUUUGUGUCUCAACAGACAGCCGACGCGGUGCUGCGUCGCCUGCGCAGGUACAACAGCAAGGUCUUUGAAGAGCUUCAGCCAGGCAACCUGGAGCGGGAGUGUAUUGAAGAAGCCUGCACGAUGGAGGAGGCCAGGGAGGUGUUCGAGGACGAUGACAAAACCACGGCGUUCUGGGCCCGUUACAAGGACGGUGACCAGUGUCAGCCACCUCCCUGUCAAAACGGGGGCGAGUGUGAAGAUGGAAUCAACACAUAUACCUGUUAUUGCAAUCCAAACUUUAAUGGCAAGAACUGUGAGAUUGAGUUGAAGAAGCAGUGUUCGCUCAACAACGGCGGGUGUUCCCAUUUCUGUUUGAUGUCGGCGGACGUUCCCGUGUGCCGUUGUGCAGCUGGUUAUACUCUCGGGCUGGACAAGAGAAGCUGUGAGCCAUCAGAACAAUUCAGCUGCGGUCGCGUGGACAUCACCUCGCUAGCCCCGCGGUCAUCACGCAACAUCACGGAGCACAGCUCUGAAGGAAAACACAAUUCCAGCUACAACCUGGAGGACGACUACGACAUCAUGCAGUUUUAUGACGACUACAGCAUCCACGCCAACGAUUCAGGCCCGUCCAACGUCUCCGCGGCCUCCGCUGCAAAGACGCGGUCGGUGAGGUCGGAUCGGAGCUCCUCCGUCAGUCCAGAUGAGGCGGUCAUGAGCAGUGGGGAAGCAAGGAGUGCGACGGAAGUGGAGAAAAAGCAGCCGCCCUCCUGGGCUUUCUUCCCCACACUCCCCACCAUCACGGCACAAGACAACACUGACCAGAGGAUUGUGGGAGGCAACGAUGCGAUUCCUGGAGAGAUACCUUGGCAGGUGGCCCUGAUGUCUCGCUCAGACACCCUUCAAAGAGAAGGAGUUUUCUGUGGAGGAUCUUUAAUCAGUGAAUUAUGGGUCAUCACAGCCGCUCAUUGUCUGGUGCCGACUAAUCCUAAUUUGGAGGAUUUCUUCGUCAGAGUCGGUGAACAUGAUGUGAGCCAGGCUGAGGGUUCAGAGCAAGAUCACGAGGUGGCAGAGAAGCACAUGCACCACUUGUAUGAUACCGCAAAGUCCGCGUACGACAACGACAUUGCACUCCUGAAGCUCGCCAAACCAGUGGUAUUGUCCAACCGCCGGCGCCCCAUCUGCCUGGGCCUCAAGGACUUUACGGAAAACCUGUCAAGGGAAUCCAGCACGUCUCUGGUGAGCGGAUGGGGGAAUCUGCGGACCACAGGCUCGCAGCCCAACAAGCUACAGAAGCUGGAGGUGCCCUACGUGGAUCGCACCGUGUGUAAACAGAGCAGCGAGAAACCCAUCACAAGCGGAAUGUUCUGUGCCGGCUUCGAAAAUGAGGUGAAGGAUUCGUGCAAGGGGGACAGCGGGGGGCCGCAUGCCACUAAUUAUAAAGGCACUUGGUUCUUGACAGGCAUCGUCAGCUGGGGGGAGGAAUGUGCCAAGGCAGGAAAGUAUGGCGUCUACACUCGAGUAGCACGUUUUAUUGCAUGGAUCAGAAGGACAACAGGGCUGCGGAUUAUCAACUGAAAAAUGUAGAAAUAUGAAAGGAAUAACAGUGUGAGGCAACAGGAAGUGAAAGAGGUUCAACUGAAUCAUCUAAUUUGGGAUUCUGCAAUAAAAAGUCAGCAAAAUA